UCUUCUUGCAUUGUAUAUUUAUAUGUGUUUUUUUUUUUAUUAUUACUCUUUAUCUAUUAAAAAAUUCAAAUUUGAUUAUCUUAGCCCUUCAGUACCAUAAUUUUAUUUCUACAGGCGACCGGUCGCAGUAGAUCAGUGGUAGAGCGUUCGCUUCGUAACCGGGGGUCGUGAGUUUGAGCUCCGCUUGUGCCAUGACCGCCCCAAAACGAAGACGUGGAUAUAGUGACUGCUCCUUCGCUAAACACUCGGAAUUCACGGAUUGUUUGGAUCUGACCUUAAAUAUGGAGGUUCCGUGUCGCAGCAAGCGUUGGCACGUUAAAAAUCCCCUCACUAAUAUGGCUAAUUUGUGGUACUUAACCUACAACUGGUGACGUCUCAAUAUGAGUGAAAAAUUCUCGACGGAACGUAAAACAAAGAAACAUACAUCUAUAGCGGCUUCAAUGUCUCCGGUAGCUCAUGGAUCACGGCCGAUGUGCCAUUUUCUUUUUUCCUGGUCUUUUCAUUGAAUGUUUACUAGCUGAUACCAUCUGCGUAUUUUACACCCCACUAGUGAACGGACACGGUUUAACUCUUCAUGUACAUUUAUUAAGAAUUCAUAUUUGAUUAUCCUUACCCUUUCAAUACCAUAAUUGUAUCUAAAUACAGGCUUCAAGGCCUCCGACAGCUCAUGGAUCACGGUUGAGGUGCCGUCUUCUUUUUCCCGGUCUUAGAAUGCAGUAUUUACUUACUGAUAUUACGCUCUACUGAUAGACGGGCACAGUUUACCUUAACAUGUACAUUCUCCAGCCGAUAUGGAAAUAAUUAUCUCAGUCUACCCAUUUAACUCAAUGGGACUUCAGUUGUAGAAACUUCAUUCAGUGCUUCAAAAUGCUCAAAUUGUUGUCGGUGCUUCCCAUUAGCCUUCUGAUUGUGCCUUUGUUAUGUAACCACACAUUUGAAGAUUAUAAGAAUCACCCAUGCAUUAGAAAAUGUGACAGUCAUUUGCCGAUGACAUGCGAGUACAAUUUCACAGUGGAAUAUUACCAUACUUUAUCCAGAGCAUGCUACGACUGUCCGCUUAACGUCACAGACUGCGCACGCCCACAUUGUGUGGCGGCAGACGGAACAAAAAGGGGGAUAAUGACAGUGAAUAGAAUGAUACCCGGUCCCGGGAUCCAUAUAUGCGAGGGAGACACAGUAGUGGUGAAUGUGUACAACAAACUGGAAAAUUCUAAUGGACUGAGUAUCCACUGGCAUGGCCUUCAUCAACGCCAUACACCGCACAUGGACGGGGUUUCCAUGAUUACCCAAUGUGCCAUUCCAGCAUUCUCGACAUUUCAAUACAAAUUUAAGCCUGAGUUUCCAGGGACCUACUUUUGGCACUCGCACUCCGGGAUUCAAAGAAUGGACGGUGUGUUUGGUGCUCUUGUGAUUCGACAAGACGAUGCAGCUGAACCUCAUCUUGGACUCUACGAGCAUGACCUCCCAGAGCAUACCAUCAUCAUAAAUGAUUGGUUGGUAGAACUGUCAAUCAAUCGUUUCACCCAUCACCAUCAUGCAGGUGGUGACAAUAAACCUGCCUCCAUGCUUAUCAAUGGGAAAGGGGCAUUUAAGGAAUUCAUCAAUCCAGACAACAAUGAAACGAUAUAUACGCCCCAUGAGACUCUUGCAGUCGAACAUGGCAAACGGUAUAGGAUUCGUGUGAUUAGCAAUGGUUUAAUGAAUUGUCCUAUUCAGUUUUCCGUUGACAAUCACACCCUUGUCGUCAUAGCAACUGACGGUUUCCCAGUGGAACCCAUCACGGUCGAGUCACUAAACGUGUUUGCCGGAGAACGAUUCGACAUUGUCCUUGCUACCACACAGUCUGUUGGGAACUAUUGGAUUCGUACACGCGGUGAGGCAGAUUGUGCUGUGAAAGGGGCACAUCAAGAGGCCAUUCUUCGUUACCAAGGCGCUUUAAAUAGCCUACCGGAGCUACCUACAGGAUAUGAGGCAGGACGUCGCCACGGAAAAAAACUUAACCCGUGGAACAAAGUCGAAACAGAGGAUUUGGUCCCUGUCACCAGAAUGGUCUCACUUCACGACAACGACAUGGCUCUGUCAAAUACACCAGACAGAGUUGUGUACAUGUCCAUGGACUUUAACAAGAUUGACAACUACCGAUUCCACGAUCCAUUACUAUACCCAAUUUCAGCAGUGGAUUCGUCCAACCACCUGUACAUGCCCCAGAUAAACUAUAUAUCUAAUAUACUUCCUCCAAGUCCACCCCUUACGCAAUUUUCAGACAUACCAGAGGAGCUAUUUUGUAAUUCUGACACCGUUGGACGUGACUGCUCAUCGGAAUUUUGUGAAUGCGUCCAUGUAGUAAAGGUCUGGCUAGGAGAUGUGGUGGAGUUUGUGAUAGUGGACGAAGGUAAAACCUUUGACGCCAACCAUCCUAUGCAUCUUCAUGGCUACAGUUACCGAGUUGUCGGAAUGGGAAAGAUAAACAGAUUCACCACCCUUCAAGAGGUGAAGGAGUUGGACGCAGCUGGAAACAUCACCAGGAAUUUAAACAUGACAGUAAUAAAAGAUACAGUGACAGUACCUGAUGGGGGUUAUACUAUAGUCCGAAUACAUGCCAGUAAUCCAGGUUUCUGGUUCUUCCAUUGUCAUAUUGACUUUCAUGCAGAAAUAGGAAUGGGAAUUAUUUUACAAGUUGGAGAAAUUAGCCAGAUGCCAAAGCCUCCAUAUAAAUUUCCGAAAUGUGGGGACUGGAAGUAUACAACUCCCGUAAUGGAAGAAGACAAGUGUCCAGCCAAUAAAGCCAGAAGUUUGAAUGUGCAGUGGACGCUGACAUUAAUAGUGUUUGUUUUCUGUGUGUUUAGCCAGGUGAUCGAUGAUUAAGGGUAAACAUUAGUGAACUGUAUCAUUAGACAUGUAAUACUACUUAGCUUUGAGGAGGUUUUUUAUGUGAAUAGUAAUCGUAUUUUACGGAUAAAUCAUUAAUACAUUUCAUUUAGAACCACUAAUCACUGUAUUUUAGUGAAACAAGGCAGGGAGAAUAUUACUCCAAGUUUGACUGUAUUUACACCGAUUUUGCGAUAUUUCGGCGAUGCGCACCAAAAAUUGAAGGAUUAUCUUUGCAAGUAUGGUGAUAGUUACCUGAAUGUACUCUAAACUUUACUUAUCGUAGAUAUCGAAUUUGUCAAUGCAAAUACUUAUUCCAUGCGUUCUCAGACGACAUCACUCAUUUCUUACAAAAAUCUUUAUUUAGACUGCUCUUCCAAGUUAUUAUGUACAUCCACAAACAGCCUUGUUUGACGUAUUCUACAUAUCCGUGUCUGUGUUUGUAUACCUCUUGUAUCAUGUAUGCGACUUUUGAACAAAUUAGAUAUGCACUUGAAGUUGUACGUUUCAUAAACAAUCUAGCUCAAA